AUGGCAUUUGCCAAGAUCCUGACCGUGCUGCUCGCCGCCGCCGCCGCGGUCAGCGCCCAGCAGACGUACACGCUUGUCAAGACGUACGACAAGUCCAACGGCUUCUACGACCUCUUUGUUGUACGAGACAGGGCGUACUUCCAAAAGCUAGGAUACGCGGACGGGGACCCGACCUCGGGGUUCGUCGACUACGUCAGCAAGCAGGAGGGCAUCAAGAGCGGCCUCAUCGCCUACCGCGGCAACCAGCUCUACAUCGGCGUCGACUACAACAGCACCCUCAACCCCAAGGGCCCCGGCCGCAAGGCGGUGCGGCUCGAGUCAAAGGCCACGUGGGACAGCGGCCUGAUGCUGGUCGACAUCCAGCACAUGCCGGGCAACGCGUGCGGCAGCUGGCCGGCCUUCUGGGCAUACAAUGCCGACGAGAACCCGUACAGCGAGAUCGACAUACUCGAGGGCAGCGGCUGGCCCAGCCAGUCGGCCAACAUAGUGUCGCUGCACACGUGCGGCCAGUGCGCGUUCCCGAGCCUCCGGGGCACCGAGGUCCGCAGGGACUGCGACAUGAAGGCCGGCCCGACGUGCGACGGCGAGGUCAAGAACCCUGCCGGCUGCGGCCUGACGGGCGCCAAGGACAGCUACGGCGACGGCUUCAACAAGAACGGCGGCGGCGUCUACGCGCUGCAGCUCAACUCGGACGGCAUCAAGGUCUGGUUCCACCCGCGCGGCAACAUCCCCUUCGACAUCAACAUGGGCAAGCCGAACACGACGGGCUGGCCGAACCUCAUGGCCAACUUCCCGUCCAGCAAGAGCUGCAACGUCUCCAAGAUGUUCAAGAACCUGUCCAUCAUCAUCAACACCACCUUUUGCGGCAGCUCCAUCUACAACUGGAAGGUCCAGACCGAGGGCUGGCCGCAGUGCCGCUCCGCCAAGGGCGGCUCCUGCGAGGCCUACGUGGCCGCCAACCCGCAAGCCUACAAGGAGGCGUACUGGCUGUUCAACUGGGUCAAGAUAUACCAGGAAAAGGCAUAGCAUGUGCUCUCGCUCGUUUUGUCCUGCCCCUCCUCUACCUUGCUUCUUGCGCACCGUUCCUCAGCAUAUAAGGUGGGUGCGUCCCGACACUCGAUACCACUUCGUCCGUGGCAAAUUAGACAAGCAUCAUCACACAAGCAAAGCGUCGCCCGGCUUGGCUCUGGUGGCGGCGAAUGAGAAUAGAAUCGGACCAACAGUGGCCUAGGUAUUGAACAUUCAGUUAUGCUUGAUCCCAACAUAUCCCCUAGUGCUCAGUCCUAGACUGCCUACUAGACGACGAAUGAUACUGAGAGGGAAGCAAUAUUAUCGCUAGUGUCCAUCAGAGACCAAGACCAAAUACUGCCAACGAAGGGGCUUCACUUGUGUGCGUCGUGCUGUUGUCAUAGAGCCUAUGGAAAGCCAUGUUGUCAUUGAAACAGGAAGAGACCCCAAAACCCAGUGUAUUGAGGGACAAAAUAAAAAUAAAAAUAAAAAAAACCCAGAGCCCAUAACACCGUCCGGA